AUGAACCUCAAUGAUCUGACAAAAGAGAACACAUAUGGUGACCACGUAACUCUGCUGGCACUAUCAAGACUACAAUAUCCAAUUCCUGAUAGCGUCAGCAGACAGCUCAGAGUACACUCUCCUAAUCUCACCUGGAGGACGUUUGACCAUGAUGAAGAAAAAGGACAGAUAGACCGUGAUGAAGGACAGGAAGGAAAGUUUGAUCGUGAGGAAGGACAACAAGCACAAUCUGACCGUGAUGAAGAAAAAGGACAGAUAGACCAUGUUGAAGGACAAGUACAAUCUGACCAUGAUGAAGACAAAGGACAGAUAGACCGUGAUGAAGGACAUGUAGGAAAGUCUGACCAUGAUGAAGGACAGGAAGGACAUUCUGAUUGUGAUGGACAAGUACAGUCUGACCAUGAUGAAGAAAAAGGACAGAUAGACCAUGAUGAAGGACAGGAAGGACAGUCUGACCGUGAUGAAGAAAAAGGACAGAUAGACCGUAAUGAAGGACAACAAGUACAAUCUGACCAUGAUGAAGACAAAGGACAGAUAGACCGUGAUGAAGGUCAAGUACAAUCUGACCGUGAUGAAGAAAAAGGACAGAUAGACCGUGUUGAAGGACAAGUACAAUCUGACCAUGAUGAAGAAAAAGGACAGAUAGACCGUGUUGAAGGACAAGUACAAUCUGACCAUGAUGAAGACAAAGGACAGAUAGACCGUGAUGAAGGUCAAGUACAAUCUGACCGUGAUGAAGAAAAAGGACAGAUAGACCGUGUUGAAGGACAAGUACAAUCUGACCGUGAUGAAGAAAAAGGACAGAUAGACCGUGUUGAAGGACAAGUACAAUCUGACCAUGAUGAAGACAAAGGACAGAUAGAUCAUGAUGAAGGACAUGUAGGAAAGUCUGACUGUGAUGAAGAAAAAGGACAGAUAGACCAUGAUGAAGGACAUGUAGGAAAGUCUGACUGUGAUGAAGAAAAAGGACAGAUAGAUCAUGAUGAAGGACAUGUAGGAAAGUCUGACUGUGAUGAAGAAAAAGGACAGAUAGACCAUGAUGAAGGACAGGAAGGACAUUCUGAUUGUGAUGAAGGACAAGUACAGUCUGACCGUGAUGAAGAAAAAGGACAGAUAGACCGUAAUGAAGGACAACAAGUACAAUCUGACCAUGAUGAAGACAAAGGACAGAUAGACCGUGAUGAAGGACAUGUAGGAAAGUCUGACUGUGAUGAAGAAAAAGGACAGAUAGAUCAUGAUGAAGGACAUGUAGGAAAGUCUGACUGUGAUGAAGAAAAAGGACAGAUAGACCAUGAUGAAGGACAGGAAGGACAUUCUGAUUGUGAUGAAGGACAAGUACAGUCUGACCGUGAUGAAGAAAAAGGACAGAUAGACCGUAAUGAAGGACAAGUACAAUCUGACCAUGAUGAAGACAAAGGACAGAUAGACCGUGAUGAAGGACAUGUAGGAAAGUCUGACCGUGAUGAAGAAAAAGGACAGAUAGACCAUGAUGAAGGACAUUCUGAUUGUGAUGAAGGACAAGUACAGAUAGACCGUGAUGAAGGACAGGAAGGACAGUCUGACCAUGAUGAAGAAAAAGGACAGAUAGACCGUAAUGAAGGACAACAAGUACAAUCUGACCAUGAUGAAGACAAAGGACAGAUAGACCGCAAAGGACAGAUAGACCGUGAUGAAGGACAUGUAGGAAAGUCUGACCGUGAUGAAGAAAAAGGACAGAUAGACCGUGACGAAGGACAGGAAGGACAGAUAGACCGUGAUGGACAGGAAGGAAAGUCUGACUGUGAUGAAGAAAAAGGACAGAUAGACCGUGAUGAAGGACAGGAAGGAAAGUCUGAUCGUGAUGAAGGACAACAAGCACAGUCUGACUGUGAUGAAGAAAAAGGUCAGAUAGACCGUGAUGAAGAACAGGAAGGACAGUCUGACCGUGAUGAAGAAAAAGGACAGAUGACCGUGAUGAAAGACAGGAAGGACAGUCUGACUGUGAUGAAGAAAAAGGUCAGAUAG